AAAAAAAGUAUUUUGGAAUCUAUAUUUACUACUACACCCAAUCAAAAUUCUAGGAAAAUGAAAACUGUACAAGUAAUAGCAGACAUGAGCAAUUUAGUAUGUUCUUCAGUUGGUGAAGAAAUGCAAAAGUCUGUUGAGAGUUCCACUGUUUUGGAACCUUCGGAUACCGCUUUUCCCCUUCCCCUUGAAGGUAAAAAGAAUUCAGUACAAAUUCUAGAAGAUGUGAAAAAAUCAGUAUGUCCUCCAAUUUGUGAUAAAAUCAUCAAGUCCUUAGAGUCUCAUAUCACCAAAGCUGUUUCAAAUUCCAUAGAUGCCUCCACACAUAGUCCAUGCCACAUUAAAAAGAAAUCAGUAGAAGUAGUAUUGGAUUUGAAAAAAUCAUUGUUUUCUCUUCCAAUUUCUGCAGAAACCAAAAAAACCCUUGAGUCUUACUUAAAAACUGGAGGUGUUACACAAACUAGAGGUCUACUUCAAAAGAGAGUAUCACAAUUAGCAUCGGACAUGAAAAAUUCAGCAUUUCCUCCUACAGUCUGUGGAGAAAUGCAAAGUUCCCUCCAGACUCACAUAAAAAUUCCUCUUGAGAGGAACUGGGAAAUUGGUAGAAAAACAGAGAAGCUCCCACAGAAGGAUACAUUUCUAGUGAAAGAGGAUCAAGAACAAAUUGGGGCAGAUGUAACAAAAGAUAGCCAGGUCUCCACACGCUGUGGUGGGAGAAAGAAAGCUUUUCUCAAGGCCAGAGGCACUGUAGUAUCUGGGUACUCCAAAUCACAAUUAUGCUCCAUCUCUGUUCUUGAUAGGCUCACUGGUAGUGAAAAAACAGAUCUUAUUUUUCAUUUCCAAAAGAAGGGGCUAGAAUUGAAACAGGGAAGGAUGCAUGCAAUAAUUAUGGAAUCUUACCGAAAAUCACCUUCUCUCAUCAAGCCAUCUAUUUCAAAAGAAGCUCACAGUGAUAGGCGAGUAUUUCCAAGAUGCAGAAAAUUAAACUUUAUGUCUCAGGAAGAGGUUGAUUCCCUAGAGAUGAGCUUAAAACACAAAUACCUGAUGUUUCUUUUUGGACUCCCUUUUAAUAGCCAGAGCUCAUUAAAAGAAAUCAUCCCAAAGGCUAUAACUGCAAUCCCUUCAAUGAUCUACCAGAGACAUAAAGCUAAAUAUAUUGAAAAAAAUGUGUUAGUAAUUAAAAGAGGAGUGAGGGAGAAAUUAGAAUUACACAUCCAUGAAAAACAGAAACUUGGUUUUUCAAAUUCAAUCAUGACUGUUCUUCCCCAAAGCUUCAUCCCUAGUCCUCCAGAAAACAUUUAUCAUCCAGAAGAAAGAAACACUGUGAAAAGAGUCAUCUGUUCCCUUUUCAUUGAGGGUGAAACGAGGAAGAGUUUGCCAUGCCAUCUGAGAAAAAUGGCAGCUGAGAAGAAGGGUGGAAUUCCCUCCAAAUUAAUGAAAUAUGAGAACACAACAAAAGAAUUAUGCCCUAUCAGCAGUAUAAAAGCAGUGAUUGUGAACAAAUUAAAUGUCACAAAUUAUGUCAAUGAAAACAUUAAACAAGCUGUGGAGGUCAACAUGCAGUUAAGGCUAAGUCAAAAGGCUUCAUGUACGGCUACUGAAAAUAAGGGAGGAUCACCUCCUCUAGUUUUCCAGAGAUUCACAGCCAAUGAUUUAAGAAAGCUCAUUACAUAUUUUUUAGUGAAAUCAUUGGAAGUCAAAAUGAACAUGAUUCCUAAAGCGGUGGAAGAAUCCAUUAAAAUGGGAGAAAAUCAGGUUCAAAGAAAACCUCGAUUAGAAUCAGUUUAUCCUACUAACAAAGUCACAAAGCCAAGAAGCACAAAAUUGCCAUUCAUGGAGUCCAAGUCUCUUCAUCAAAUAAUUCUUAAUUUACAACACAAACGUCUUAUGUUUCUCUUGGGGCUUCCUGUUCAGACACUGCCCCCCAAGCUGACUAUGCCUCCCAAGUAUCUGCCUAGACCUAAGCUUAACAAAAAAUAUAAGACUGUAAAUGAGGUUGGAAACCAAGUUUCCUUUUCCAUUGAUAUGGAGAAAUUAGAACGACACAUCUCUUUGAAAAAGCAGGAAUCAUAUAAAGUCCUUCCAUCAGUUAUAAUAUUACCUAAGUUAUUUAUACCACCUGUUUCUUCUUCUGAAAGCAUUCCUAUGGCAAUGGAUGAGAGGACAAUUUUGGAAAAAACUCUUUCUCCAAAUUGCUCCAGCACUGUCCUUGAUUCUCAAUGUUUAACACAGAAGGAUAGUGGUGAACCUUCCUUGAGAAAACCUCAUUGGUCUCUAGGAGAAGAGAAAUUCAAUGUCCCUUUCAAAAUAUCUCCAAAGUUAACUAAAACUGUGCCUGAUUCUCCAAAAGAUGCACGAGCAGAUACUGAUAGCUCUGAGGACUCAAAAAUGUCUUGCCUUCCGAAAGGGGAAAUUUGUCUUGAGCCUCAGAAAAGCAAACGUAAAUCACCUACUUCACCUAAGAAGACAAACACUGACGUAGUGUUAGACUUAGAUGAAACAUCACCUGAGAAGACUGAACGUGUUCUUGAUUUCUUUGAAAUCCUCGAUGAACAUUCAACAUCUUCACCUGAGAUUUAUGACAUCUUUGAAGCUAAGGAGGUAGUUAAUGCAAGCACUGAUGUGAAGCCUGAAGUUAUGUUUCAAAGUCAGGAAAAUGUCCUGAGAUCUGUCGAAUUAAACAACUCUCCAUCUCCCCCUAAUGAAAGAGUAGAAAUGGAAAUGUCUUCUCAGAGAUCUGUAAAAUUAAACAAAUCUCCACCUCCCCCUAACAAAAGAGUGGAAAGGGAAAUGUCUUCCCAGAGAUCUGUGGAAUUAAAGAACUCUCCACCUCCCCUGAACAAAAGAGUGGAAAAGGAAGUGCCUUCCCAGAGAUCUGUGGAAUUAAAGAACUCUUCACCUCCCCUCAAGAAAAGAGUGGAAAUGGAAAUGGAAAUGCCUUUCCAGAUACCAAAUGUGAUCUUCAGGACCUUUAAAAAAUCCUGGGAAAAUGCGCCUUUAUCAGAUGGUGGGCCUUUAAGGCAGGAUCAGAAGGAAAUGUAUUUUGACAUUCCAUGUAAGUUAGAGAACUUCAGUCCUUUGGAAAAACUCAGCGAGACAAACCAAGUCAGGACCAAAACAAAACCAGUUUACCUGAAGGGAGAUUUAAUUCCCCAAAGUAUUCAAGCUUCUGGAAACCAGAACUCCCUUAUAACACCACCUUACUAUAGAGCUCAUCAACAUAGAGAAAAGAAAUUGCACCCUAAAAUUCAUUCUCCUCACUGGAUGUCUGACAGUUCAUUAGAAACUCAAUCCAUGCCAUAUUCAUUACCCAGAGAAGAAGAGCUUUCAAGGAAGACAUGCAGUCAAGUAGGCUAUCCUUUGGCUUCUGCAACUGACUCAAGACUCAAACUAAGACUGGAAACAAGUGAUGGGAAAAUUAUUCUGAGUCUGGAAAAUAAAGCUGGAGAGAAGCUCAAUGGUGAUCUGCCCAAAGAGAACACUAUGAAACUUGACCAUUCUUGCAAUUUUACAGAGAAUAAAGAGAAACAGAAAAUGCAAGAGGAAGAAUAUGACUCUGGUUUAAAUACACCUCAAUCAGUUUUAAACCAUCAGCAGGAAAAUGACUAUUUUAAUUUUAAGACAAAAAACACCCAACAUUUUUUUUAUGCCUGCACACCAGCAGAUACUCCAGGGAACAAAUCCAAGACCAUUCGCUGGAAUAUCCCCAAAAAUAUCUCUGGACAGAGUAAGUUUAGAAUUCCCUCGGUAGCAAAGUUUUCAAAUCCAGAGAAAAUAUGGAGUUCAUCAAAGAAGUUUUUGGAGUCAGUCUCUGCAUCCUUUAACUUAUGCCCAGUCCAUCAAAAAUGAUGUGAACCAGAUCUAGACCUCUCAUUGAUGAGAAGUAAAUGCUGUCAAAUUGUGAAGUAAUAAAACCAAGUAAAAUCCA